UAGAGACACAAAAACUACUCAUACACAUACAUACAAAUAAAGAGAGAGAGAUGAAUGAUUCAAAUACUUACUCUUUACCAUUUACCCGAUCAAUAUUUGCCUUUUUGACAUCUCUCUACAAUCAUCAUGCCUCCUUUCCGUUUUCACAUUCCAUUCUUCUCCUCCAACUCUCCUUCUCGUCUCUCUUCAGGGGCUUCUUCUCCAUCACCACCACCUACUCCUCCUCCUUCUUCACGCCCUCCUUUUCGUCCUGCAGGCAUUGCUCCGCCGUCAAAGUCGUCAGAAACAAAGCUCAAGGCGUCACCGUCACUUUCUAGGGUUAGAAGCAACGUUGCAGCCAUAGCAGCGUCUUUAUCUGCGGCUCAGUAUCCUUCUCGUGGUGCAGCCACACCAACCCGUCUUGCGAAACAGACUAACCAACAACCUGGUUCGCCGUCAAAGAAACUAGAAUCUCAGAAGAAGGAUGAGGAAAAGGUAACGAUGAAAGAGAAGCCAUCGAGAGAGACUGGAAAAGUAGCUAGCGAGAGUAUAAAUCCGGUGACAGUGAAACCUCCUAUUGCUCGUCCAGAAGAGCAUUUAGAACGAAAAGAAACAGAUUCAUCUGAGGAACAGAGGAAGAAGACAGAAGCAGGGAAACAAGUGAUGCAAGAAAAGAAGAAAGAUCUUCCUGAGGGCAGUGGAGAGAAGCCAACAGCAGAUCAGGGACAACAGAAGAGAAAAGAACUCGAGAAACUUGCGUUGCAAGAAAGUAAGAAAGAUCUUCCUGAUGAGGGCAAGAAGUCAGAAGCAGAUAAAGGACAACAGAAGAGAAAAGAAAAGGCGAAACUUGCGUUAGAAGAAACGAAGAAAACUCUUCAAGCUGCAGGUAGAGAAGAUGUAACGCAAAGCAAAACCACACGACAUAUUGCAGCAGCAUCAGAACCCACGAGAGGACCUAGCGAUCUAACUGAGAGAGAUACAAAAACGCAAAACAAAACAGAGUUUCACACCGAUGACAACCAUCAGAAAACCAAAGGCGCAUCAACGAGUAAUCUUGGGAAUCCGAGAGUUCCAAAUGGACAGGGAUCAUCUUCAAUGAGCAGAAAGAUCAAAGAAGAUAUCAAAGAUGGAAUCAGUAAGCUUACUUGGGGAAAAAGCAACGGCGAUGAGAAAUCCGUUAACGUCUAUACUCUCACUGGCGAAAACAGAGGAGCCACAAUGGGAAUAGGUUCUGAGAAAGACAAGAAAGACGGUGAGGUUCAUAUCCGCCGUGGCUACAGAAGUAACCCAGACGAGAGCCCUAACACUACAGCCACGGAAACCGAAGGAGGAAGGAAACCCUUCAAAGGCAAAAACCCUAAAGACUACGAA